AUAAAUACAUUGCUUACUUUAAAGCAAUAUUGACCCUUUGUAAGCUAGCUAUUUCUUGCACUGCAACAAAAAAAAACUAUCGGUUUUGUGGCGCCCACCUAUGUUCCUGUGUUCAACUAGUAAUGCCUGGUGAGCUGUGGCUGGUCUGGCCAGCUGGCUAAUGUUUUGGAGAACAUAGCUAAUAGCUAGCCUAGCUACACUGCUAGCUUGUUAACCACAGUUGGUCAACACAAUAUUACAAACAUCGGAGAAAAUAUACCAUAAUUAUACGAGAUAGUUUCAGUUGCUAGUAAAAGUCGAAUAUAUGUAACUUGCUAAGUCGACAAGAACAUUCCAACCGUAGCAGUGGGAAAAGACCCUUUGGUGACUGAGACCAACAAACACCAGUGUGAAGGAGAGGAAUGAAGGCCUGAUCUUUGAGAUGACUGUCUACCCAAAGAAUUCGGUGCGGAUCUUAUCUGCCCGGGAGCGUGGGGCCCGUGGCCUUGGUUCCCAGCGCCUCCUGCAACAGCUUGUUGAGGAGAAGACCCGGCGGAUGAAAUGGCAGAGUCAGAAAGUGGAGUUGCCGGACAGCCCUCGUUCUACCUUCCUGUUGGCUUUUAGCCCGGACAGGACCUUAAUUGCCUCCACUCAUGUCAACCACAACAUUUAUAUCACCGAGAUUAAGACAGGAAAGUGUGUUCACUCUCUGGUGGGCCAUCGCCGCACUCCUUGGUGUCUGACCUUUCACCCUACCAUCCCUGGUUUGGUGGCUUCGGGAUGUCUGGAUGGAGAGGUUCGCAUCUGGGACCUGCAUGGUGGCAGUGAGAGCUGGUUCACUGAGAGCAAUGUGGCCAUUGCCUCCCUGGCCUUUCACCCUACUGCCCAGCUCCUUCUCAUAGCAACAAACAAUGAGGUUCACUUCUGGGACUGGAGUAGGAGGGAGCCAUUUGCCCUGGUCAAGACUGCCAGCGAGACAGAGAGAGUCAGACUGGUGAGGUUUGACCCACUGGGUCAUUACCUGUUGACCGCUAUAGUGAAUCCCUCUAACCAACAGCAGAGUGAUGAUGACUCGGAGGUCCCCAUGGAUAGCGUGGAGAUGCCCCACUUUCGCCAUCGAUCCUUCCUACAGUCCCAACCGGUCCGCCGUACACCCAUUCUCCACAACUUCCUGCACAUCCUGUCAUCGAGGAACUCCGGCUCACAGUCUGAGGAACAGCAUCCUCCUGCACCCGCUGCCAAUAGUGCUGUUGACUCUCCUAGUCUUCCCUCUGGACAUUAUUCUGCCCUGCGGAAUCGCUCCCGACCCCCCUACCAGGGUUGUGUGCAACACCUUGGUAUGGUUUGCUUCUGCAGUCGGUGCUCUGCCACCCGAGCCCCUUCACCAUCUGGAGAGGACCCCUCUGACCCUGAGAGCCUGGAGGCCCAGUCUCAUGCCUCCACCUUCUCCUCUGCUCGCACUGAGCCCCGGCAGCCCUCUGAGCCUCGCUCCUCACACCGUCCCUCUGCCUUCAGCAGUGUGUACGGCAGUGCUAGAGGACACUCUUUACGCACUCCAUCUUCAGGCCCUGGCCAGCGCAGCAUCCCAGGCCUUAUAACCAACCAGGGCCACCAGCAGCCAGGCCUGGAGUGCUCUGGGCGACUGGCAGGAGCAGACUGGAUGGGCAGCAUGCUCAACAUGCGGCCUGAGCGUAGUGGGGGUGUUGGGGUAUCUCCACCCAGGACUAGUGCAUCCUCUGUCAACCUGCUGUCUGUGCUGAGGCAGCAGGACGGCUCCUUUCAGUCGCCUGUCUACACCUCUACCACAGAGGGAGGAAGCUUGCCCCCAGCAGUAGUGAGCCCUCACACCAGUGGAAACAGCUCUGUAGAUGGACCCAGCACUAGUAGUGGACACCACUCUCUUGGGGAGGGAGGGAGCAACAGCCCCACCUCGAUCCGUAACGUGCUGCAGUGCAACUUGAAUCGCUACUUCAUGGAGUAUGAUCGCAUGCAGGAAAUGGAGCAGUCAGGUGGUGCUGGUGGAGAGAGCAGCCAAGAGCAACAGACACGGGAGAUGCUCAAUAAUAACAUAGAGUGUGAGCGGCCUGUCACCCCCCAUUAUCAGCCCCCCAACAGCAGUGAUGGUGGUUCUGGUCCCUCCCGCGGCCAUAUGAACCGCUGCAGGGUCUGCCACAACCUGUUCACGUUUAACCAAGGGACACAGCGCUGGGAACGCACUGGCCAGACCCCAUCACAAGAGGAGGGGAGCACCUCAUGGCAGCCCCCAAGCCCCAACCCUGCCUUUCACACAAUGAGGCCGACGGUGCUACAUGUUCCCCAGUCCUCUGACAGGAGACAGUUAUUACAGCCACAGCCCAGUGCUGAUGAACCUGGAGGGGACACAGCCUUCACUCACCGGGGAUCCCCUAGCUCACAGAGAGAACAGGCGGUGGGGUUGGUAUAUAACCAGGAGACAGGCCAGUGGGAGAGAGUUUACCGACCGUCUGUCAGUCCAAGUCCAGCGGUGAAUGUACCACAAGAGGCCUUAAACCAAGAAAUGCCUGACGAAAACCACGAUGACGAUUACCUGAGAAGGAGGCUUUUGGAGUCCUCUCUUAUGUCGCAGUCUCGAUAUGACAUAUCUGGCUCCCGGGACCAUCCUAUUUAUCCAGAUCCUGCCAGGUUGUCCCCUGCGGCAUAUUAUGCCCAGCGGAUGAUUCAGUACUUAUCUCGGCGGGACAGCAUUCGCCAACGAUCACUGCGCUACCAGAGCCGACUGCGGCCUCUCUCAUCCACCUCGGAUAGCCCAGGAAGCAACCCCUCCCCCUCCAUUGAGAACAACGAGGUGGACUUUGAGGAAUUUGAGGAUAACGGGGAUCGUGCCAGACACAGAGCUCCACGCAACGCUCGUAUGUCUGCCCCCUCGCUUGGCAGAUUUGUUCCCCGGAGGUUCCUACUGCCUGAGUACCUGCCAUAUGCUGGAAUCUUCCACCACGAGAGGGGCCAGCCUGGCCUGGCCACCCAUUCCUCCGUCAACAGGGUCCUAGCAGGUGCGGUUAUCGGUGACGGUCAGUCAGCUGUGGCCAGUAACAUCGCCAACACCACCUACCGCCUCCAGUGGUGGGACUUCACCAAGUUUGAUCUACCUGAAAUCAGCAACUCCUCUGUCAACGUGCUGGUGCAGAACUGCAAGAUCUACAAUGACGCCAGCUGUGACAUCUCUGCAGACGGGCAGCUUCUGGCUGUGUUCAUACCCAGCAGCCAGCGGGGCUUCCCAGAUGAGGGCAUCCUGGCUAUCUACUCUCUGGCGCCUCACAACCUGGGAGAGAUGCUCUACUCCAAGAGAUUCGGUCCUAAUGCCAUCUCUGUCAGCCUGUCCCCGAUGGGCCACUACGUGAUGGUGGGCUUGGCCUCCCGCAGGAUCCUGCUCCAUCACACUACAGACCACAUGGUAGCGCAAGUGUUACGCCUGCAGCAGCCCCAUGGUGGAGAGACUUCCAUGAGGAGAAUGUUUGAUGUGGUGUACCCCAUGGCUUCUGAUCAGCGGAGACACGUCAGCAUCAACUCGGCCCGCUGGCUCCCAGAACCUGGCUUGGGGCUUGCAUACGGUACCAACAAGGGAGACCUAGUCAUCUGCAGACCUGUAGAUGCCCAGUCAGACGGAGACGGCCCCGCUGAGCACAGUGAGCCCAUAUUUGCUGUCAACAACAAUCGAGGCGGUGGUACCGGUGGGAGCCGCGAUGGAGAGCGACCAGGGAGCAGCAGGGCCCCCUUGAGGUCUGAAAGGGACAUGAGACUUAUGAACGCCAUCGGUCUCCAGCCCCGUCACCCUACCCCCGUUGUGACCUCACAAGGCACACAGACACCCGUCCUACGUCUUCAGAAUGCCGAAACACAGACUGACCAAGAGCCACAGGUUCCCAGCACCUCCCGGGCCUCCCAAGCAACAAACAUCGGUGGACACAUAAGGGACCUUCAUCCAGGCAGCAGCACAGAAAUGGUGCCUGAGACACCCCCGCACACACUGCAGGAGGAUGGCGAGUCAGCCGAGGCCUUCACAGAGGCCAGCACCACCUUGGCUAACCCAGGGGAAUCUCAAGAGCAGGGCAGUGGGGAGGAUGCCGUUUCUCGGCUUCGAAGGCUGAUUGCCGAGGGUGGUAUGACGGCCGUGGUCCAGAGGGAGCAGAGCACCACCAUGGCCUCCAUGGGUAGCUUCGGUAACAACAUCAUCGUUAGCCACCGCAUCCACCGCGGCUCCCAGACUGGGACAGAGGCUCAGGAUGGGGGCAGAGACACUCAGGGCAGGGGUCAGGGUCUUGAUGGAGGGGGUUGGACGUCCUUCUCUCCGUCCCACCGCGGCACUCUGUCGUUCACAGAGCCCACCUCUCGUAUUCUGACCCACCACAGCAUGCAGCUGGGCGAGAGCUCAGGCUUCCUGUUAGAGCCCUCUGGGGCCCAUAGCCGAACAGUAGCACCUCUCCCCUCCCAGUACAUCACAGUCUCUUCUCAUCUCAGCCCUCAGGGGCCCAUUGGGGUGGAGGAGGGUGCCGAUGGGACCCCUAUGGACACAGACGAUGCGUUUGAGGGUGUGGGACUUGUCGAUGAUCUAGAUCUACACUUGCCCUCUGCUUCCUCCUCCUCUUCUUCAACCCUGUCCCCUGUUGUCUCCCCUCUUGACAACAACUUCAGCGCCAGUUACCAUGGAGACCCCUACAGUCGAUAGAUGGUUAUGUGCUUUCCAUACCCAUCUGAUCUCUACCUAGAAGACUCUCCUCCGUCUAGCCUUAUUACAUUGACUACUGGUUUUUCUGGAGUCUUUCGAAUCCCGACAUUGAAAUUAGGCACUUAAAACUUCAUCCCACUCCUCCAUUGCCUGUUCAGUUGUCUAUCCAAUAGUAGGCAGGAUGAGACCUACCUUCAACCUAGGAUUAGGCUCGGUCUCUUUCUUGGAUGUGGUGUUCCUUUGCGUUCCCUGACCACUUUCAUACUUUUUUGUCAUUGCCUAAUUGAGAGCAAGAAUCCAAAGCUACAGUUUGACCAUUCCAUUGGAGAGAGGUGGACCUGAAUGAUUCUUUUACAAUCAGGGUUCAGAUCGGUGGUUGUCGAAAGCCACCUGGGACCAAAUUCCAUGAUCAAAUUGCAACGUUCUUGAAAACGUGUUAGGACUCUGCCCCUUGCUCACUAUUAGCAAGAUGCUGGUAUAGUAGAAGCACAUUUUAUUAACCAAUCACAUUGGUACAAUUUGAUUGUGAAACUGGAUGAUUCUGUCUAUAAGUUACAUUUAUUGUGUGUGUGAGAGAGGAUGUUCUAUGUCACCCGUGGUAGUUACAAAACGUUUCAUUCUAGUCGUCAUGGUGGAUUAGUCGUUUGCAAAGAUGUAGUUGACCCAAGAUAACUAUGAAUCUCUUGUACUACAUAGGAGAGCAGCACAACAUGCUAUUCCAAAUAUGAGCGAUGUUCGUUAUUAUCGCCGUGCGCUGUUCAUGACCAAAUUAUUCCAGACUUAUUUUUUUAUUUAUGAUAUCAUAAUCACCUUCUCAUUUAGACUUCUUUUGAAGACAUUGAUACUGCCUGACUGAUAAACUGCCCGUUUUUGAUUUGGAAAGUUCAAAUAGGGUACGCACAAUGCCGUCAGGAGAACACCUAAUCGUUUUUUUUUAAUUACCCCUUUUUCUCCCCAAUUUCGUGGUAUCCAAUUGUUUUUAGUAGCUACUAUCUUGUCUCAUCGCUACAACUCCCGUACGGGCUCGGGAGAUUUGAAGGUGAAAGUCAUGCGUCCUCCGAUACACAACCCAACCAAGCCGCACUGCUUCUUAGCACAGCGCGCAUCCAACCCGGAAGCCAGCCCCACCAAUGUGUCGGAGGAAACACCGUGCACCUGGCAACCUUGGUUAGCGCGCACUGCGCCCGGGCCAGCCACAGGAGUCGCUGGUGUGCGAUGAGACAAGGACAUCCCUACCGGCCAAGCCCUCCCUAACCCGGACGACGGUCGCCCCACGGACCUCCCGGUCGCGGCCGGUUACGACAGAGCCUGGGCGCGAACCCAGAGUCUCUGAUGGCACAGCUGGCGCUGCAGUACAGCGCCUUCAACCACUGCGCCACCCGGGAGGCUCCCUAAUCGUUUUUUUUAUUUAAAUUUUUUUCUCACAUUUUCAAACAGUACAUUUAUAUUUUCCAACGGGGCUAUACAUUUAGGUGAGUUUUUUUUCUCUCACUUGAGUAGCCUCGUUUCACUGCAAAAAUACAAUUAAACCAUCUAGUGUUGAGCGAAAUGACAACACAAUGUCAAAUGCAGGUAGCCUAGUCAAAUACUUAACAUCCAAUCACAUUAAACGUUACUCUCUCGCGGGAAACCUUCACUCUCUUGCGCAUAGAUUUAGAAACCAAACAUGACCAUUUGAAAAAUAAGACACGGGAGUUUUUCGAGCGAGAAUCAAGAUGACGUUCAAGUAGUAAGACAUGUAUAAAAGCAACAGGUACAUUAAUAAGAAGGGUCUAGAAGCGUCUUAUAUUGUGAGCUACCGAGUGGCUAGGACAGGCAAGUCCCAUACUAUUGUGGAGGACUUAAUUCUUCCUGCUGCCGCAGAUAUGGGUGGGACAAUGCUGGGGGGAAAGGCCCCAAAAAACUAUACUGACAAUGACUUCAUCAAACAUUCACUGUUUCACAACGCAUCAGUGACAUGGCAUUGUUUUGAAGCAAUUACUGCUUCGCAUACAAGCCAGUGAAUUAUAUGCGUUACAACUGGAUGAGUCAACAGAAAUGGCGGGCCUGGCACAGCUCCUGGUAUAUGUCCGUUACGUUUAUGGGGGUCAAUUAAGGAAGACAUCCUCUUCUGGAAACCAGGACAACACGAGAGGAUAUGUUUAAAGUACUGGGCAGCUUUGUGACAUCAAAUGGACUUUGAUGGUCAAGAUGUGUUGGUAUCUGUACUCAUGUAGCAAAAGCCAUGACAGGUAGACAUAGUGGAGUGGUAACGCGCGUGCAAGCAGUUGCUCCCGACGCCACUUGGGUACACUGCAGCAUCCACCGGUAGUCUCUUGCUGCCAAGGGAAUGCCUGACUGUUUUGAAAGACGUUUUGGACACCACAGUGAAAAUGGUUAACUUUGUUAAAGCAAGGCCCCUGAACUCUCGUCUAUUUUCUGCAUUAUGCAAUGAUAUGGGCAGCGACCAUGUCAACAUACAGAGGUGAGCUGGUUAUCAAGGGGCAACGUAUUGACACUUUUUUUUAAAUUCAGAGACGAGCUUACAUUUUUCUUUACUGACCAUAAUUUUCACUAGUCUGAACGUUUGCAUGAUGACGAGUUUCUCACACGACUGGCCUAUCUGAGUGAUGUUUUUUUAUCACCUGAAUGAUCUGAAUCUAGGAUUACAGGGACUCUCCGCAACUAUAUUCAAUGUGCAGGACAAAAUGGAGGCUAUGAUUAAAAAGUUGGCGCUCUUUUCUGUCUGCAUUAACAAGGACAAUACACAAGUCUUUCCAUCAUUGUAUGAUUUUUUGUGUGCAAAUGAACUCAAGCUUACGGACAAUGUCAAAUGUGAUAUAGCGAAGCACCUAUGUGAGCUGGGUGCGCAAUUACGCAGGUACUUUCCCGAAACAGACGAUACAAACAACUGGAUUCGUUAUCCCUUUCAUGCCCUGCCUUCAGUCCACUUACCGAUAUCUGAACAAGAGAGCCUCAUCGAAAUUGCAACAAGUGGUUCUGUGAAAAUAUCAAUUUAAUCAGAAGUCACUGCCAGAUUUUGAAUAGGGCUGUGCUCAGAGUUUCUUGCCUUGGCAAAUCGCGCUGUUAAGACACUGGUGCCCUUUGCAAACACGUACCUAUGUGAGAGUGGAUUCUCGGCCCUCACUAGCAUGAAAACUAAAUACAGGCACAGACUGUGUGUGGAAAAUGAUUUAAGAUUGAGACUCUCUCAAUACAAUCCAACAUUGCAGAGUUAUGGGCAUCCUUUCAAGCACACCCUUCUCAUUAACCUGUGGAGAGUUCUUCACAUUUUUUGAUGAACAAAUAAGGUUUUAUAUGUAAGAUGGCUAAAUAAAGAGCAACAUUUUUGAUUAUUAUUUGUGCCCUGGUCCUAAUAAGAGCUUUUUGUCACUUCCCACGAGCCGGGUUGUGACACAAACUCACACUCAUUCUUAUGUUUAAUAAAUGUAGUGUGUGUGGCAGGCAGGCAUACAAUGAUUGCAAAACACAACGUAUGAGAGUGCGCUGACCCUGGUGCUAGAGGGGCUACGCAGCUGGAGGUUGAAUGUUUGAAGGGGUACGGGACUAUAAAAAAGUUUGGGAACCACUGGUCUAGCAUAUCUCAACCAUAUCGUUGAUGGUAAAUAUUGCCGAUAUUCGAGAUUUGUCGUAUAUUAAGCCAAGCCGAGUAGCAUUACAAGAUGUUGCUACCAGGGAGUUGCCAGAUAAUACCAUUACCCUUUCCUCCCCAGUGUAAUGCCUGUAUCAGGUGUUCAGUAUGCAGUUGGAUGUGUGUGCAACAAUGGUUCAUCUGUUCCAUAAAGGAAAACUAACAUUCAUCACGAUUACUUAUGUAUUUAAAAGGUUGAUUUAAUAAUAACAGGGUUUAGUACACAUGUGCUACCGGCAUUUAGAUCAUCAGCCCUAGAUCCGCAGCCUCAUAACUUCCCAAACUUGUCUUGAAAACACCCACAUGCUGUGCCAAGUAUUUGAAGUGAAGCAUUUUGACAAUGGUGUAACUCUUCUACGCUGUCAAACUGUGACCCCAUGACUUGUGGCGGUUGUCUUUUAUACAGUAGGAUUCCUUCUCUAGAUCCACUGUGGUAUGUUGAGCCCAGUCAUCUAAGGCUAACUGGAAUUUGAAAAAAGGAGAUAAUACAUAAUGUGUUGUACAUCCAGAAGGCUCUCUUUAAAAUGGCCAGUUUGCCUCCCACUAGCUGCCCCGGGUGCCUUGAGGGUUGUUGUUGUUGUUGUUGUGACAGAGAGGCAGUUGGAGGUGCACAGGGGUGACGAUGCGUAUAGCAUUCCGAGUCACCACAGGGGCAAAGCUCUCUAGGUUGAAUGGACUUUGUCCUUCAAACAGCUUUGUCAGGUCUUAGUCCUUUUUAAAAUUGGUUUGCCAAUCAGCAGUAAUCUGCAUUUUAAAAAAUGUACAUUUUAUUUAUUGUUUUUCCUAGCAAGGUGGUGGGUUUUGACAGUGAAAUAAACUGUGUUGAAUUAAUGAAUUUGGAACAGCUUACUGCAGCUCCAUGGUGAGUGGGUUACUUUUUUGAUCUUUCGAUGUGAAAAGUAAUUGCAUUACGAACAGGUUUUUGUCUCUCAGCCACUGUUGGUCCAGCAAACUGGCAGUGCUUAUCGCUCUCUCAAAAGUAUAUUGUGAUUGUAUCUGUUGAGUUUAUUUAUGUUUUAAAGAUAAUGGUUCUCGAGGAAGAUAUGCCAAUUUAAGCCAUAGAAGUAAGGUUGAUCAUAUUUGUUCAUAUAAACUCACCAGUUGCAAUAGUCAUGUGAUCCUUGCCGCAGCAACUGUCCGUCACUGUUGUUCAGAUCACUUCUAGGAGAUCAAUGCACCAUUUGUCGGUUCAUAUGCUGAUCUUACUACAAACAUCUUCAGAAUUUUUCAUUGUCAAAAAAUAUAAAUAUAUUUUCUUGUUCAUUGUUUAUCCUAUUGUGAAAUUGUUAUAUCUUCCCAGUGUUUUCCUAUACUGUAUUGACUGACCAUUCACUUCUACAAUGCCAAUCUUCAUUUUAAUUUGUCCUCAAUUAAGGGGUCCCAUUAUGGCUUGUAAUGACUCCUGUAAGGUUAUGGUAAAUACUAGAUUACCCCUCAUUGCGUCAGAGUCUGAGUGAAAUUAGAUUUGGACAAAUAUCUGCUUGUUGUUUGAGCCUGAAUGUGUUUAAUGUUAGCGUUUGAUCUAUGAGACACAAUAUCCUUCUGAAUUUCUACAAAAAAAUAAUCAGUUUACAACCACUUCUAACUGUAGACCCUUGGAAAGAGCAGAAGGCCCGAGGCUUAUUUACGGCACUUGGACUUGGGAUAUCGGAGUGAUCUGGGUAGGAGUAGAAGGGGUGGAAUGGGAUACAGUGUUCGCAACAGACAAACCAAGAGACCCAUCAGGCAUCAGAAUGGUUCAGACUAACCCAGAUCUGUCAGACUCUCUGCUCCUGAAAAGAUCCCCCUCCCCUUUGGAAACUGGAGCAGACAGCUGACACAGUUUUUUCUUUUGUUUCCCCUUUGAUUUCUUUUUGAGCACUCUCAUUUCAUGUUUUUGUUGUUUUUGGUUUUUGAACUUGUGGAAUUGACUGUUUUCUGUUGUAUUUGAAGAGGAUAUGAUUGACUGCAUUCUAGUGUCCUGUUGGUCAGGAGGAUAAUGGAAAGGAUGGGUUUUUAAACAGAAGGCAGGGGCUUAGUGGCUUCGUGGUGACUGUUGGGUGAGAUGAAGAGAAAUUGAGCAGUAGAGCUGAAUGCUGAUCCCUGUGGGUUCCAGUCCUGCUGGGUUUUAAUGUGGGAGAAAAACAGUGAGCGAAACGGCAGCAUUGGAUUUGGCCACCUUGAUCCUCAUACAGCAUUGUGUUAGAUAAGCUCAUCGGUUUCAGCUUUCACCUUCUAUCUGUGCUUUUUAUUACUCUGUUCACCAACAUACAAUAAUCAGCAGCUUGUGUAUCAAUUCAAUCAAGACCACAGUUAAAUAGUGUAACUACAGUUUAUACAGUAGAAAUCUCCACAUACAGUUCUCCAGUUUUUCUACCGAUCACUUUCCACAGCCAAGGACGUUUUGAGACUUCCAGGGUUUUUAUUUUCUGUGCAAUUUAAGGGCAAUAUGUAAUCACAUGACAUACUCAACAGAUUUAGUUAUACUGCUUUACACUGACUACACAACAAUAAUCAAACAGCACAACUGUUCACAGAUCAUCUCAAAAUCAUUGUAAAGACAUUAACACUGCAAUAUUUUCGUACAGGUGAUAAUCACAUGUUUGUGCUUCAGAAUAAAAAUGUCUGUGACCUUCUGGAUAUGAUUGAAAUUCGGAUCAAAUCUGUUUAUUUUAUUUUUUAUAUAUAUUUGUAAGUCAGAAAUGUGUUUUAUAAAAUGAGUUUCCUAAACAAUUACUUUAUGGAAAAUCCUAAAGGUCACGAGUGUAUUUGUUCUGUUGUCACUGACCCACCAUAGUGUCUUUUUCUCACAUGUAUCAGUGUGUGAUCUGCUGAGUGUACGUGAACUCAACAAGGAAGUGUCUUCAGUGGACCUGCUUUUGUUGUUGUAGGAGAUUGUGAUUUGAAGGGUUUUCUAUCUACUUUAAAGGGUCAAAUGCAGUAUAUUACAGUAGUCGAUGUGCAACUAAGUGCUGUGAGAACACCAAAGAAAAUAUAUGUUGACCAUAAACAAAUAAAAAUACAAAUGUAAAACCUGAAACAA